AUGGUUUCGUUUCGCACCCUUCUUCCCACAUUUGUCUUGCUUGCGUUUGCAGAAUGUAAGAUCAAUUGGGGAGGCUGCAACCAGCUUCAGGCACUUCAAUUCAACUCCAGCACCAUACCGGUACCUUUCCAAUGCGGGACACUUGAUGUGCCUCUCGACUAUUCCUCUCAGAACAGCAGCGAGAAGCUCACCCUCGAGCUUCUAAAGGCUCCCGCGCCUCUGGAGUCGAAGGGAUCUAUCCUGGUUAACACGGGCGGCCCAGGUCUCCCCAACAGACAGGAUUUCUCCACCUUGGCUCGGAACUUGAUCCCUUUGACCGGUGGCCAAUAUGAUCUGAUUGCCUUUGACUCACGAGGAACUGUCAACACAGCCCCUUUGACUUGUUACGAAGACCCGAUCCAGGAAAUCAAAUCCUUUCUCGGGCAGAAACCAUCCAACAAAUCAGAUGUAGCGGUGGGCGAGCUCUGGACUCGAGGAACAGUCGAUGCCGAGGCCUGUUUUGAGGCCGGAAGCAAAAAUGGGAGUGUCAUGACCACUGCUUUUGUGGCGAGGGACUUGGUCUCCGUUGUUGAUGCUCUGGAAGAAGAUGGCUUGCUGAGAUACUGGGGUUUUUCAUAUGGAACAAUUCUCGGCGCAACUGUAGCUGCAAUGUUCCCGGAACGAAUCGAUAAGAUCAUCUUUGACGCCGUUCAAAAUGUCCAUGAAUACUACCACGCGCAGGCAAACUUCGAAGAAUGGGAAUUGUCCGAUACACUUUUCUCCGCUAUUUUCUCCGAGUGCGUCAAAGCUGGACCUGAGCUUUGCGCAUUGGCGGCCCACAAUGAAACGGCUGAAGAACUCGAAGCCGCUGCUUAUGAGCUUCUAGAAAUCUCCAAGUACCAGCCCUUCCCAGUGGGUCAGCUAGUCGUGGACUAUGCAGCCGUUAAAUCAACAUAUGCACAAAGCCUGUACACGCAGAGAGCGUGGCCUCUCACGACAGCCCUUGUUGACGUGCUAUUUUAUGGCACAGAAAGCUCCAUCGAGGAGGUGCUAAGUGGGUUGCCGCACAUCAACAUCACUGGCUUAACGCUUCCAGGCUUGGCUGCCACUGAUAUCGCAUUGGCAGGUAUCUACUGCUCGGACAAUCAAGUGCGGACGGAGAGUUUUGACGAGUUUGUUCCCGCCAUCGAUAAGCUCUACAGUCUUAGCCAGAUCAUGGGAGACUUGGGUGUCAGUUCGUACAUGCGAUGUCAACAGUGGAAGAUCAAGCCCAAGGAGACCUACAGAGGUAGCCUCGAACACGUGCAGAUCAAGAACCCUCCGCUCUUCAUUGGAAACACCCUUGACGGCCACACACCACUCAAGUCCGCGUAUAACGUCAGCGCCAGCUUUGAGGGGAGUGUUGUCCUGGAGAUUGACGGCUAUGGUCACGGUUCCACCGCAGUUCCCUCUGAAUGUUCGCUCAAGGCCAUUUCCGCUUACUGGGUUAAUGGCACGCUUCCUGAGCCUGGCACGCGGUGUGCUAGGGAUGUCGAGCCGUACACGAAUGAUUGGUGGCCCGAAGUUUUCAAAGCUGCUGGUGUCAAUGAGACAUGGAUUCAUAAAGGAUAA